GCGAAAGAGGUGUCUGCUGGAAGUAUGGGGUGCAUUCACAGCACGAGCACUGACAGGUUGAAGAAGCAUGGACCUGACACAGGGGGAAUCCCAAUAAAGGCCCCUGAGGUACAUCCCGAAAUCCUCCAACUUGCUGAGCUUGCCAAAGCAGGGAGCCACGCCUUCAUGGAGAAGAGCUUCAAGAGGAGACGCGUGUGUGAUGUGUGCAAGCAGAACAUCGACAACCCAGGGGCUUUCUGCAAGGAGUGCAAAACUGCAGUUCACAAGACAUGUGAAGCCAAGGUAACAAAUUGUGCUCCUGUGUCAGAGGUUCACGACUCCAUUAAAUCAACAUCACAGAAGAAGAGAGGCUCCAUACCAAGGAGUAAAAGUGUGGAACAAGUAAUGGAGCAUGUGAUGGAACGCCACUACGACUUUGACCUCACCUACAUCACAGAGAGGAUCAUCUCUGUCUUCUUCCUGCCAGACCUGGAGGAACAGCGGUAUCGCAGAAACCUACAAGAAGUGGCUUCCAUGCUUAAAUCCAAGCACCAAGACAAGUUCCUGCUCCUGAAUUUAUCAGAGAAGAGACAUGACAUCACCAGAGUGAAUCCAACGGUGCAAGACUAUGGCUGGCCUGACCUUCACGCCCCACCCCUGGAUAGGAUUUGUGCUGUAUGUAAGGCCAUGGAGACCUGGCUUACCUCUGACCCCCUUAACGUAGUGGUCCUCCACUGCAAGGGAAACAAAGGGAAGACGGGGGUCAUCGUGGCAGCAUACAUGCACUACAGCAAGAUAUCAGCUGGAGCAGACCAGGCUCUCACCACAUUGGCCAUGAGGAAGUUCUGUGAAGACAAAGUCUCCUCUUCUCUACAGCCCUCGCAGAACAGAUACAUAUACUACUUUGGUGGUUUGCUGUCAGGCACCAUCAAAAUGAACAGCAGUCCUCUGUUCCUCCACCAGAUCCUCAUUCCUUCGCUACCAAACUUUCAGGCAGGAGGAGGUUUCUAUCCAUUCCUGAAGAUCUACCAGUCUCUACAGCUUGUUUACACCUCAGGCAUCUAUGAUCCCCAGACGUCCAGGGCAAGGAAGUUGUGUGUGACUAUGGAGCCAGCACUAUUAUUAAAGGGGGACAUUAUGGUAAAGUGCUACCAUCGACGGAGCCAAGCAGCAGAGAGAGAGGUGGUGUUCAGGGUCCAGUUCCAUACCUGCACCGUUCAUGGAGCCCAGCUGUGGUUUGGCAAGACUGAACUCGACCUUGCCUGCACAGAUGACAGGUUCCCUCCUGAUGCGACAGUCGAGUUUAUCUUCUCUAAUGGGCCAGAAAAAAUCAAAGGUCGUGAAUACCGCAAGAAUGACGCCUCCAUCAAAGUGGACUACAACACAUCAGACCCUGUGGUUAGAUGGGAUUCGUAUGAGAACUUCAACCUGCGCCACCAAGACAGUAUGGAAAAUAUCGCUCAUACAAGGGGCCCUCUGGAUGGCAGCCUUUACGCCCAAGUAAGGAAGCGACGUGGACCGGGCUCCACAGCCUCAGCAGCUUCACCUAAUGGUUGUCUUACCAGCAGCCCAACAGUGAAGUCACAAGCUCCCAGCCAGCCCCAGACUCCCACCUACACCUCUGAGUCCAACCGAUCUUCAGUGCCCCCUGAUCAUUUGGAUGAUCCCUCCACAGCCCACCUUGAAAGACAAAACACUGACUGUCAACUGAGGAGAGGAGGAGAAGAUCAAACAAGAGAGAAAUCACGAGGGAAAGAAAGGGAUAGAGAGACAGCAAUUUUAGAUGAUGGGGACCUGUCAAGCCCGGUGGGGUUGAGGCGAGAGCACUCAUGUUGUGGUCGAACAGGUACAAAAUGUGGUGAUGUGGGAUGGGAGAGGGAGAGAGAGCCUUGCAUCUCUAAUGGUCACUGUGUUGGAUGUCGCAACAGUAUUAAAAGUCAUCCAAAAAGUCAAACUCUGCCAGCCUUACCAUCCAAAUCUGUGUCACCUCCUCCUCAUCUGACUCGUAUGGAACUGUGCCAUCGUCAUAGCUCCCAUCCUUUACCAGAGUUACCAUGGGAACGUCCACCCCCACCACCACCCUUGCCCUGUCUCCACAGGCCAUUCUUCCCUUAUUCCACCCCUGAACACCCACACCCGCAUAGUCAUAGCCUCCCAGCUUCAAACAGAAUCUGCACUGGGGACGAGUGUCAUCUCUUCCAUUAUUCUAGCCAUGCCCCAUCCUCUCAUCUCUCCCACCAAUCACUGCCGUCUAGUCCUUAUAGGGAAAUGUUCUUCGGCUCUCCAACACCUUCUUCUGGUUGUUCUUGUCGGGACUGCUCCAGUAGGCGAGAGCACCAGUCAGCUUCAGUCAGAACAUUCCACCCGUUACACCCAAACCAAACAGAAAACCCACACUGGCCCCAAGGAGCAGGGAUACAGAUAGAGGCACCUCCACUAUGGGAAAGUGAAAACCCAUGGGAAGUGACAAGAGAGGCAGAGUUCUGGCAGUGCAAAUCGUCCGUGCCACCGUUUCGCAUCUGCCACACCACCUUGGAUCAGGGUCCAAACCCAGAGCAGCCUAGAUUUGCUCUUGCACCUCACCAGAGCUAUCCCAGCCCCCAGUCUCUAAUCGAUAUGCGGGAUGGAGCCAGCAGUGGGUACCACACCCCUCCACAUCCCCGCCACUCUUGCCCCUGCUCUCCUUAUCAAUCAUCUCCAGCCGAGAGCCAUGAGAGCCGGGGUUAUGCCUCAGGAUACCACUCUGGGUCAGCCUCUCCUCUGCCUGCUAGUAGCCCCUCUCCUGGAAGAGGAAGGCUCCCCGAGACCCCCUCUGGAGCCAGAGACCAGCAGCACCUUGAGCAUCACAAAGUGGAAAAGGCCAAGAUUAGUGCGGAGGAUGACAUAUCCCAGGGUUCAGAGAGUAAAUCUGACUCUAAUGGCCAGUCAAGCACCCCUGGACUGGACUCUGAUCAUGACUACACGCUUAUUGGUAGCAACAGCCCCACACACACAGAAGACAGUAUAACUGCUGAAAGCACUCCUCAAAGCCAUGAAACUUUUACACCUCUGGAAUUCAACACAAAUAGCAACACAACUACCACACCAGUGCCAACAGAAACACAAACCCAAUGUUCCAAUAUAUCCAUGAGCCCCACACAACCAUCAAGUGAGCCUUCUCCGAGUUUGAGCGGCACAGCCAAGGUUGCAGGUAAUGUUGAGGCUACUAAUCAGUUACAGACACAUGCAUCGAUUAUCAUUACCCCAGUCCAAGUGCAACUCAAUGGCUCGGCUCUUCCUAGUGAUACCCCAUCCAACAGCUGCAAAGGUGUUUCCAUGAACCCUUCAGCCAGUCUCAGUUCUAGCCCCUCCACUACUUCCCCAAAUACUCCAGUCGACUCCCCAGACCUUCAGUCUCCUGCUCAGCACUCUCCAGUGGCUACAGACGCAGCAGGACAAAGACUGACUCCGGACAGAGACAGCUCAGCUGACACCAAACCACCAUCACCUGUGCCUGAUGGAUAUAAUACACCAACCUUCCCCUUAGCGUCUUAUUACUACCCAUUACUAAAUGUCCCCCAUGUCCCAUACACCGGUUACACUGCAGUCACUAUUCCCACCUUUCAGCCACCACUCCCAGAGAAGAAACGCCUUUCAUCAACACCAGGAUCCCUGAACGGACACAACUCUCUCCUCCGGGUCUCCUCAGCUCCUUCCCCCACACACCAUGUUACUUUCUCCCCUUCUGUGGGAGAUCAAAGAAGAGGGUCUGCACAGUCCAGGGAGGAGACAGACAUCAGGGUCAAUGCAAAGUUUGUCCAGGACAGCUCCAAGUACUGGUACAAACCAGGCAUCUCUAGAGAUCAAGCCAUAGCUGUAUUGAAGGACAAGGAAGCAGGAACUUUCCUCAUCAGAGACAGUAACUCCUUCCAGGGGGCCUAUGGCCUGGCCCUCAAGGUGGCCACCCCUCCUCCUAAUGCCAACAUCACUGGCAACAAAGGGGAUCCUCUGGAACAGCUGGUGAGACACUUCCUCAUUGAGACUGGGCCACGGGGAGUGAAGAUCAAGGGCUGUCAGAAUGAGUCCUACUUCGGAAGUUUAUCUGCUCUGGUGUACCAGCAUUCAAUCACUCCCAUCUCUCUGCCAUGUGCCCUUCGCAUUCCAGAAAAAGAUCUGGUUGGAGAGCUUCAAGAGAUGCAGAGUGCAACAAACACGAGCACAGCGGCUGACCUCCUAAAACAAGGAGCAGCUUGCAACGUGCUCUACCUGAACUCUGUGGAGACCGAAUCACUGACAGGGCCCGAAGCUGUUUCCAAAGCAACCAAAUGCACUCUGGCUCUGAGUCCGCGUCCUGUGGCAACAGUGGUUCACUUCAAAGUGUCUGCUCAGGGCAUCACUCUAACAGACAGCAAAAGAAGGCUAUUUUUCAGGAGGCACUACCCAAUCAGCAGUGUUACUUUCAGCAGUCUUGACCCCCAAGACCAGAGGUGGACUAAUUGUGAUAGCACGUCAAGCAAGAUGUUUGGCUUUGUGGCCAGACGUACAGGCAGUGCUACAGAGAAUGUGUGUCACCUAUUUGCAGAGAUUGACCCUGAACAACCUGCUGUGGCCAUUGUCAACUUUAUCAACAAGGUUAUGCUGGGACCACAGCUACGCAGAUGAAGAUUCAGGAGAAAUUGAAAACUCUGGACAAUGGGAGAUCUAGGGCAGAUAUUCAUAUGAUUCAUAUUUUUUAAUGAAGUGUGUUUUUAACUACAUCUGUGCUUGAAU